AUGUCGGCAGAAGACCACCCGCGCCACAUGCGAGCUCCAGGCGAAGAUGGCUACCGAACACCCACCAUUGAAGAUGCGGAGCGGGCGCUCUCGAUCCUCGGUGCCGACGGAAUUUCUCCGACACAAGUGCGGGAGGCGCAUUCCAGUGCGUUGGAGGCGGCGCUGCAUAGGGCUUCGACGCGGGGUACUGUCGCUUCGGAGAAGCCGAAAAAGGGCAAUGACAAUUCCUGCCAGGAACAUAAUGGCCUUGGGUUGUUCGGGCUUAAGCGCACGGUUUCCGGGAAGAUGAGCUGGAAGAAACGGAUUCGCCAUGUGACGUGGGCGUACUUUACACUUACGAUGGCGACGGGUGGAAUCGCCAAUGUUUUAUAUCAAGGUCUGGAAACGAUCGGAAUCGUCGUUUUCUUGAUUAAUAUUGCGGCAUAUCUGGUUAUCUGGGCUCUGCUUCUUGUUCGAUUCUACUAUUACCCCUACACGUUCAAAGCGUCAUUCAUGCAUCCCACGGAAUCACUUUUCGUGCCGGCUUCCAUCGUCUCAUUCGGUACAAUACUCAUUAACAUCUCGCAGUACGGGCCCGAAAAUACAGGUCCCUGGCUGAUGCGCGCCGUCUGCGUCCUCUUCUGGAUCGACGCUGCUUUGGCCGUGCUCUUCUCCGCCGGCAUCUACCUACUCCUCUGGUCUACGCAGACCUUCACCAUUGCUCAGAUGACUCCGAUUUGGAUCUUCCCCGCUUACCCGAUGCUCAUUAUCGGGCCGCAUGCGGGAGUUCUGAGUGGGAAGCUCGAGCCGGCUGAUUCCCUUCCUGUGAUUAUCGGCGGAACGACCAUUCAGGGCGUUGGGUUCUUGGUUUCUCUCAUGGUUUACUCGGCCUUUAUUUACCGGUUGAUGACACAGAAGCUGCCGAGGGAGAAUAUCCGUCCGGGUAUGUUUGUUUCUGUCGGACCGAGUGGGUUCACCGUUGCGGGAAUGGUGAAUAUGGCCGCCGAGGCGAAGAGGUCCUUCCCGGCGGAUUUCAUGGGCAACGGGGCCCUGGCUGGCGAUGUAGUAAAGAUCGUGUCUGAUUUCUCCUGUCUCUGGCUGUGGGGAUUGGCGAUAUUCUUCUUCAUCAUUGCCAGUGCCGCGCACUGGUCGGCGAUCGGCCAUGGACGCAUGGUCUUCUCCAUGACUUGGUUUUCGUUCAUCUUCCCUAACACGGCACUGAUCACGGCAACUUUCGCUAUUGGCAAGGCCUUUUCUUGCAAGCCUAUCAACAUCGUUGGGUGUGUGGCGAUCCUUCCUCUGCUGUUGAUGUAUUUCUUCGUCUGCUACAUGAUGAUUCGGGCGAUCUUGAUGCGGCAGAUUCUCUGGCCUGACAAGGGCGAGGACCGAGAUGAGGGUGGUUUCGAGAUCUUGCGUGUCAAGCCGGCAAACGCGAGCGGGGGCGACUCUAGUCCAUCAUAA